AUGUGGACAGAAACAGAGGGAGAGACGUACCUACGAAGAAACGGGAGAGAAACAUGGACAGAAUCAGAGGGAGAGACGUAUCUAGAUAGAAACAGGGCAAAGACAUGGACAGAAACAGCGAGAGAGACGUACCUGGGCAUGAAACAGGCAAAGACAUGGACAGAAACAGCGAGAGAGACGUACCUGGGCAUGAAACAGGCAAAUACAGGGACAGAAACAGGGGGAGAGACGUACCUAGGCAUGAAACAGGCAAAGACAUGGACAGAAACAGGGGGAGAGACGUACCUAGGCAUGAAACAGGACAACACUUGGAUAGAAACAGAGGGAGAGACGUACCUAGGUAGAAACAGGGCGAAGACAUGGACAGAAACAGAGGGAGAGACGUACCUACGCAGAAACGGGAGAGAAACAUGGACAGAAUCAGAGGGAGAGACGUAUCUAGAUAGAAACAGGGCAAAGACAUGGACAGAAACAGUGGGAGAGACGUACCUAGGCAGACACAGGAAAAAGACAUGGACAGAAACAGGGGGAGAGACGUACGUAGUCAUGAAACAGGACAACACUUGGAUAGAAACAGAGGGAGAGACGUACCUAGGUAGAAACAGGGCGAAGACAUGGACAGAAACAGUGGGAGAGACGUACCUAGGCAGACACAGGAAAAAGACAUGGACAGAAACAGGGGGAGAGACGUACCUACGCAGAAACGGGGAAGGAAAACAUGGACAGAAACAGAGGGAGAGAUGUACCUGGGCAUGA